UCAGAUGCCUUGCAUGGACGCUAUUUAUCCAGUAACAAGACUUUUCUGUUCAUUUAAAUUAUUUAGGGAUUCAUAAUUCAUUGAAGAUCGUAACUCAGAGCAGCGAAGGAUUUAACAGACUUUCGAGACCUUGAGCCAAGUGAUUCAGUUUAAUGGGUACUAUUAUGAUUUCUCCAAUGAGUGAUGUAGACAGAAUCAGCAAUCUUCCGGACCAUAUUGUUCAUCACAUCGCUUCCUUCCUCAAUGUGCUAGAACUGGCAAAAUUGUCUCUUACGUCGAAAAUGCUAAGAGAAUUAUGCAUGUCAGUUCCCUUCUUGACUUUUGAUGGCAUGCGUUGGAGAAACAGAUAUAAAAGGUUACGGUUCAUAAAUUCUGUGGACAGAUUCCUUGCUCUCCGAAAAGGAAAGCAGACCCGAUGCUUAUCCAUUUGCUGGCCUUUUUCCGCUGUCAAAACUGAUGAGAAAUUCCGAGUUUUUACAUGGCUGUAUAAUGCAAUAGCAUGUGAAGUUCAAUUGCUUGAUCUCGAAUUCAUCCUCAAAGGAAAUGAAGUAUUCUCGUUGCCGCUUCUUGUCUUUCAUUGUGAAUCAUUGAAGGAAUUAAAAGUAAACUUGAAUGGAGGCAUUCUUGAUAAAUUUCCCCCCUCUGGUGGAUUUUGCAAUCUCAAAUCCUUAUCUUUAAACGAUCUUAAACUUAGUAAUGAGGAUUUUGGAGAGUGGAUUUCAUCUUUCUGCAAGCAUCUUGAGAAAUUAACACUUCGGCAAAUUCACGGGGUAGCGAAUAUUAACAUCAGUAGCUCCACUCUUGGAUCUUUGGUCAUUGAAACUUGUUGCUCUAAUUAUCUGCGCAGUAUUAGCAUAUCAGCAGAAAUGCUAAGUGAUUUUAUCUUGGAUUGGAAAGCUUGUAUUUGGAAUGGCAGUUCAUUGAAAAUCUUUGCACCAAACCUUGUUAAUCUGAGGUGGGAUGGACAUCUUGUGAAUUUACACUGCUUGGAGAAGCUGAAGCAUCUAAAACGAAGUGCAAUCAAUCUAUCAAUUAAUCCUUCAUGUCCUUGGUAUGAGAGGUCUACCAAUCAGAACUUAUCAAUGCUACUUAAUAGCAUUUGCAUGAGUGGAGCUCUAUUUUUAACCAAUGAAGGCAUUAAGAAUUUGUUUAAGAAGGGUUUUCUACCAUAUCCCUUCCAUAAUUUGAGUUGCUUAUCAUUACACGCCAACGAUUUAAAUGAUGAUUGGGUGCCUGCUCUAGCUUGCCUUCUCAAAGGAACACCUAAGCUGAAGAGCCUUCACAUAAAAAGAUACAACAUACCUGCAAAACGAGUAAAAUAUUCACAAUCAACGAUGCAUGUGUUUACCAUACGUUAUUGGGAAUCUGAAAAGCUAGCUUUUGUUCAUCAACUGGAGGAAGCAACGAUACAGCUUUUUCACAGAGGGGAUAAUGAUUUGGAGCUCGCAAAGUUCUUUCUCAAGCAUGCUAAGUCUUUGAAGAAGAUGACUAUCUUUUAUUCAACUUUCUUUUCCCCACCUAUCCUUAGAUUGGUAGGUGAUGACGGGAAGGCUUCUACUGCAGAAAUAGUGUACUUUCCAUCGCCUCUCUGCAAUAUGGAAAAUUAUUAUCAGUAGGUUCAAGAGCUAGGAUAUUUUUUGCUUCAUAUCUUUUUGACAAGACUUUAAGGCUGUGACGCCUUCAAC